UUAUCUUUAAUCGUGAUCCAACCAUAAGCAUCCAACCUGAAUAAAUACAUAUUCAUUUAUUUAUUUAUUAAUUAACUAAUAGCUCUAUAAACAAAUACAAAUCCAUGUGGAACUUUAUUCGUAUUACUAAUUACUAUAAUUGGUUAUCUAUUUUUUUUUGUAGAAGUUACAACUCUAACCUAAAAUACGUCUUAACUCUUAAUGUCGACCUCCCGAGUUCCAAAUAUUUUGCACAUAAACAUAACUAAAUAAAACAUUAAUAACUUUAUUAAUUAAUAACCUUUUUUUAACUAAAAAUAGGCGACAUAUAAAGCGAUGUAAGAGAUGUAAAGCAUGAACAUAUAUAUUAUAAAUAUAUAUGCCGUAAAGUAUACAAGUUGUAUAAUAUAAUAAUACUAAUUAUUGGGUACUCUCUGCUCUCAAGGUGUAUGAUUUGCGUCUCAAACUAAUCAGCUGUUUCCUAAUAAAUUGCACUCCAUGUGAAAGCUUGUGUCAAUAAUAAGGACCGUGAUAACAGUUGCCGAUAUUUUGAAAAUGCCCUGGUGACGUCCCUGAUCUGCUUAAAUUUUUAAUUUAUAUUUUAUAAUAAAUGAUUAACAUUGGACAAUGAUCGUGAAAUAGUAGCUGCGAUUUUUAUAUUUGCAGUGUUAUAUAUUAAAUAAAUUGUUUUUAUUGUAAAACAACAAACAUUUUUUUUACCAAAUUCAUGAACAUACACUUGCGAAAUUUUUUAAGACGACCCACGUAUAGAUAUGUCUAUAGUUCUGAAAGGGCCACACACUUUAUAAACUUAUAAUAUUAGCAUUACCUACAGAUGAACUUUGAACAUGUAAAUUUUAAUUUUCAUGUGCAGUGGGGAAAUUUCAAAAUUAGAAAUACAAUGGUCACCCAUACAUGAAAAUAAGUUUAUUACUUGGGGACCUGAUGUACGUAUGUAUGAAGUAAGUUCAACUAUUUCGGAAAGUCCCAAAAACAAUGAUGUUCCUAAAGGUAUAACAUUAUCGUCAAGUACCGUAGCAAACUUAUUAGCUACUAGUACAAAUCACAGAUAUGUUAAAUGUGUUGAUAUAUAUCCGAAACCUGAUUCGGAAAUUAUGCUUGCGAUUGGGCAUGCAAAUGGAAAAGUAACAUUUUGUACAUUUGGAUUAGCUAAUAUUAAUAACACACUAGCUGGGCUUGAAUUAGGACCAAGUUCCCGUUUUGCUCGACAGUGUAACAGCAUAUCUUGGAAUCCAGUAAAUUAUAAUUUGCUGGCUUGCGGUUUGGAUAAACAUCGUUCUGAUCAAUGUGUUCAAAUCUGGGACGUGGAAAAGAGUCCGUUGAUUAACGCUGAUCUGUCAGCAGCAAGACCAUUCUUUGAGUAUGGAAUGGGAGAAACGGCUCAUUCGUUAGCAUGGUUCAAUACUUCACCUCAUGUAUUAGCUGUUAGUUGUAAUAACAAGCAAAUUCGAUGUGUAGACAUAAGAGAUGCAUCUAGAUCUACAAAUACGGUACAAACGAGAGCAGUAUACGGUAUCGAUAUAGCAGUGUAUAAUAAUAAUCAUAUCGUUUCAUACAAUGACAACAGUAUUGUUUUGUGGGAUUCGAGGCAUUUAGAAAAACCCGUUGUUACAUUGACACAAAGCAAGAGUAUCAUUAAGGUACAGUGGUGCCCAACUAGGCAUAAUUUAUUAGGGUCAUUACAAAAAGAUACUAUGGCUAUAAGUUUGCACGACAUGCAGCAAAGUAUGGAAGAAGCUGAACCUUCGGCUCUGGAGAGAACUGUACAUCCUGGACAAGGCAAUAUACACUUAGCAUCUUUUUCAUGGCAUCCCGUUCACGAAAACCGGCUGUUAGCUAUUUCUCAAACAGGUAUUUUAAAUGAUUACUGGGUAUUUGAGAGGAUGACAUUGAAUUGGUCUACUACGUCAAAUAUUGUAUGGACUUACGGGCAAAAUAAUCUUAAAUUUAUAAGUGACAAAGAUUUGGUUUACUCAUCGUUUGAAGAUGUUGCGAUCGCAAUUAAAAUGCGUGCAUUUUCUCAGUAUGGAAUCAAAGAUUUUGCUGAAAAUGCUAAGCUUGUGGACGAUCCUGUGAUAAAAAAUGUUUGGUCUUGGUUGGAUUUAAAUAGAAGAGUUACAAAAGCUGGCCUUGUGCCGACAACACCAGAUGUACCAUUUCCGGGUAUAAAAACUGUUUUAGGUGUAGAUUCUACAGCAACAACACUCAAAUCGGAACUUAAACAUGUUCAGUGGGUCGACAUACAAGGAACAGUGAAAACUUAUAGGAGUUUAGCAAGAGAUCAUGCGCUGUAUUUGUGUGAUUGGGGUUUUGAUCGUACUAAUGGUUCACAUAUAUCUGCUGUACUUAGGAAAUUAGAAAACGAGAAUUCGUAUACGAGAGCUGCUUCAAUAGCAAUAUUUAACUUAAGAAUGCGUGACGCAAUCGAAACAUUAAAUAAAGGUGCCAGUCAACAACCUCAUCUGAGUAUGAUUGCAAUGGCGUUAUCAGGCUAUAGUCCGGAUAAGUACAGUAUGUGGCGAGAAUUGUGCUCCAAAACCAGAGAAAAAUUAACAGAUCCUUAUUUAAGAGCAGCUUUUGCAUUUUUAACGUCUGAUUCAGAUUCACACGAUACAGUUUUGAACGAAGUCGGAAUUCCAUUAGAGGAUAGAAUUGCAUUUGCUUGUAUUUUUCUGUCAGAUCAAAAAUUAAUAGAAUACAUAAACUUAAUUACAGACAAACUCUUGGAUCAAGGCAAUUUGUCUGCUAUAUUUUUAAUAGGAUCGUCUCCAGAACUAGUUCCUUUACUACAACGUUAUUUGGAUAAUACCGGAGAUAUACAGACUGCAAGUAUUUUAGUACUGAAAACGAUUCCUAGCGAAAUCGUACAUGAACACCCAGCCAUGAUGAACUGGAUAAACAGUUAUAGGGAAAUAUUGGAUCAAUGGCGUAUGUGGCAUAUUCGAGCAAAGUUUGAUAUCGCUUUAAAAGCUGUAAAACCUCCUCCACAAAAUGUGUUUUUAUCAUGUAAUUACUGUGGUAAAAAUAUUUGUCCGACGGCUGAGGAGAGGGAGAAAGACUCAGAAAAAGAAAUAAAAGUACAAAGAAUGAAAGACCAAGGCAUUGAAAAUGGAUCCAACAGCUUGAAAUUUACAGCUUGUCCCAAUUGUCAAAGUCCUUUGCCACGAUGUGCAUUGUGUUUAGCACAUUUAGGCACAGCCAGCGCCAAAAUUCCAACCAGAAAAACCUCCAGCAAACAAUUGCCAACAAAUAGUGCGUACAUGGUGAACGGACAAAGUGUUAAUAAUUUUUCAUAUUGGUUUUCAUGGUGUCCCACGUGUAAUCACGGUGGUCAUUCAAAUCACAUAACCGACUGGUUCAGGAAUCAUUUAGAAUGUCCGGUGGCGGACUGUGUCUGUAGAUGUUACUCCUUGGAUUCUACGAGUCGCUAUUGUUCAUUAUAACAUCAAUUCUCUUAAAUUGUUAUUUAUAUAUGUAUUCGUUUUUAUCCAAAGAAAAUUGUGGAUACCGCUCGGCUAAUAUUUCCAAUAUAUUCGGUUGACGGAUAAAAGCGACAACUUUUUCAUUAUAUGCUGUGGGUAUAUCAAUCGAGUCGUUUAGCAUGUUAUCAAUGUGUGUAACUGUCGGACGAGGCGGAGGUAUUGGUGGUUCCUGAGACGUAGAAGGCAUCAGUACAGAGAAGUCAUUUAGCGGCAAUCGUGGAUCAAUGAACGUCGUUAUCUUUGUAGCUUGAUUUAUAAAAAAUACCUAUUAAGAAAAAAAAAAACGGUUUUUAUUUGUUUGAACAGCAAUAAUCGAUGGACAAUUUAAAAUAUAUGUUAUUUUCUUACCUUU